GAGCUGUCAGAUAUUUCUGUUAAAAUCGGCGAGGAGAUAUCUAACGCUGUGGAAGCUUUACAACAGUACAGCUACCAAUACAAUAUAAAAAUCGUUGCUUUCUCACAAGCAAACAAAUCUGAAUCAUCUGAAGACACAGCAAAACUGUGCCUUCAACUAUUCUACUACCUGGGUGUCGACGGUAUUACGUUACAUGACAUUGACAUCGCUCAUCGCGGCCUUUUAGGGAAGAGCGAGUGCUGUUGGUAACAAACUCAAACCUAUCAUUUGUAAGUUCGUUAGGUGUUUUGCUAAGGACAAAGUAAUGGCUACCAGGAGAGCGUCCUGGGACAUCAGCUCUCAGGACCUUGGCCUACCAGAAAACAUCACUUUUGAACGUAUUGGAAUUUACAGUCACUUAAGGGACCGUUCAUUUUUUAUGAGAGAGGGGGGGCUGGUGGGAUUUGGGGGGGGGGGCCACUCGAAAAAAAUUGGCUUGAAAGGGGGGGGCAGCCGAAAAAAAUGAAGGAAAGGGGGGGGGUCGGACGAAAAAAUUAGAUUAAAAAUAGGAUAAGAGAUGUUUACAAAUCGAAGAAAAAUUGUGCUCUUUCAUUUAUAACAAAUAUGCUAAAACAGUUCCAGGGUAACAAGAAAACUUCUCAACAACUUUUAUAUUUUAUAAGGACAGUGAACUUACCAUAGUAACAGUCUUGAAUAGCAACAACUUUCUUUUCAUUUAUAAAAAUGUUGUUGUCAAGCUCAUAUAAUUAAAACCAAUAAUUUGAGUCCUGAAUUGGAACUGACCUCGUUACCAGAGCUUUUCUCUGAGAAAUUUAAUGGGAGGGGCAUGAAACUACUACGAGGUGUCCCCUUCCUCAUUUUCGACGUUCUCUUUGAUCUCGUCGUUGCUGUGUUCCUCUUCUUCUUCCUCCUGUUCUUCUUCGUUGUCUUCUUUUUCUUCCUCUUCUUCGUCGUUUUCUUCUUCCUCUUUGUUCGUGUCUCCGACAUUUGAGCUAUAAUCUUCAGGAUGCAGGAAGCAAUACAUCCGGUUUCUUACUUCUGGCUUAAGGUUGGCAAUAAGCCUGCUUUGUGCCGCGUUGCUGAAGUAGCUUGAUUGCAGUAGGUGAGCGAUGAAUGCUGCAUCCCGUGUUAGCAACAAUGCUGCUACAUCUUCAAAGUUUAUGCACGCUUCCGGAAUUGUCAUGGAGGGAGGAUAAAGAAGACAAUUGGGAAGCUCUUUUGCCAGGGGACAAGCGCUCAGGACGAGCAGUAACAUGAAGAGCUGAAAUUGACUUUUCAUUCUUUUGAGUGAGGAUUUGUUAAAAACAGCUUUCUAGCUUUCAGCUUUCUUUCACUAAAUUACGUGAAAUGUAACAAAACGAAAUUUUAAUGCAGUAACUUUUUUAAUACCUUAUGUGUUUUUUUAUUCAUGGGGGGGGGGGGCUUCCAAAAAAUUACUCUGAUGAGGGGGGGGGGCAUGCGAAAAAAAAUCGGAAAUUGGGGGGGUUAUACAAUUUUCAAAUUACACUCCUCCAAAUCCCACCAGCCCCCCCUACCCCAUAAAAAAUGAACGGUCCCUAACACCGAAGCUUCAAGGGCUUCUUCAUAGUGCCAACAACUUCAAAACUCAACAUGGCUACAAAUUUUGUUGGGCAAAA